CGUACAGCAGGCUCGACGUGAAGAGUUUGCUGAAGUCAUGUCAACUCGGUCAAACACGUCUCUUGAAUGUGCGAAAUGCACGUUUGCCAGUCUGAGUGCUGCUAAAAUUAAGAAGCCGCGCCAACUCCACCCAGUUUGCUACUCUAAAUCCCCCCUUUCUCAACUGAGGAUAAGUAAUUUGAUCUGAAGUGAGGUUGCUGCGCAAGUCCUCAGCUCCGCUCAGCCCUCUGUGUUCCGAGAGUUUAAGCAAACUAGCCACGUCACCGGCCGUGAAAAGGGAAAAAAGAAAAGGGGAGUGGGGGGGCAAGACUCGGAGAGGGACCGAAAGAGACUGGAGACGCGGUGCAGACUGGAGAAUGCCACACGGGAGGACGAUCUAGAAGCGAAGUUGUUAAGUAAAUUAAACAAGUUGCCCACGUCACCCAGCCCUGCCCCUGCUGUCUUUACGGUCCGCUCUCCUUUGCAGGAGUAUCUACUCUUUGGGCAGGCUGAAUAAAAGAAAAGCAUCUUGUUAGAAAUCUGCACAUCUGACAACAUGAACGUCUUCAGAUUGGCGGGCGACAUCUCGCACUUACUGGCGAUCAUCAUUUUGUUUGUCAAGAUAUGGAGAUCAAAAUCGUGUGCGGGGAUCUCUGGGAAGAGUCAGGUGCUUUUUGCUUUCGUCUUCACCACACGUUAUCUGGACCUGUUUACCAGUUUUAUCUCCAUCUACAACUCAGUAAUGAAGGUCGUGUUUUUGGUUUUGGCGUAUGCUACAGUCUACCUCAUCUACAUACGAUUCAGAGGAUCCUACGACAAGGAAAACGAUACUUUCCGUGUGGAGUUUCUUCUGAUACCUGUUGCGGGGUUAUCAUUCUUGGAGAAUUAUGACUUCACUCCUCUCGAGAUUUUGUGGACCUUCUCAAUCUACCUGGAGUCGGUGGCCAUUCUUCCACAGCUCUUCAUGAUCACCAAGACUGGAGAGGCCGAGUCCAUCACUACUCACUACCUCUUUUUCCUGGGUCUCUACCGGGCUCUCUAUCUGGCGAACUGGAUCUGGCGCUACUAUGAGGAAGGCUUCCUGGACCAGAUUGCAGUGGUGUCUGGCGUGGUGCAGACCAUCUUCUACUGCGACUUUUUCUACUUAUACUUCACUAAAGUCCUUAAAGGCAACAAGCUCAGUUUACCAAUGCCAGUGUGAGAGGAAGGCCCAGGCCGACUCUGCCCAGCAAAGGAGCUCCAAGAGGACUUUGACUUUAUUGUGCACAUUUUGUGCAUUUUUCAAGGGAGCAAUGUUCAUUUUUUUUAUCUUAUGUUUUUAAAAUGUUUAACACUUGCACCAAAAAUUAGAAGAUGAAUUCUUGUAUUUCACAGAGAGCAACUGAUGCAGCUGCAUAACAGGCUUCGUUCGGUACAGUGGAAAGUGCGCUUAUCCAUGUAAGCUUCCCACGUGUCAGACAAAUACUGGCAUCACGGUAACAGAAGUGCCUACCAUUCCUAAUCAUGAAUUAUAUGCUAUACCAAAAAAAAAAAGAAUGUCGAGGUAAGCCAGUCCAGGCUGAGAGGAGGCUGGCAGAGCUCACUUCUACACUAGGAAGAUCAAACGAUCUGACGAAAUAAAAUUUCAAGAAGUAUUAGCAUGUGGGAAACACCUAAUUUGUGCCUUUUACUGCUGAAGAGUCCUUUUGAAUUUUUAUGUCUUGUUAUAAAUAUAUAUUGCUUUUCAAAUGUGAA